AAAUUAGUAGAACCCGUAUAUGGCCAGAGCAGUUGAGGGCCUUGAGGCUACUCUCUCCUUCUCCCAUAUUUCUCUUUCUAGAAGGAACGCGUGACAUUCUCUCUCUAAAAACGCGGCAGAAGCACACCGUAGCAUCCACUAUGAUUUUAUUGCACAGACCCAACAGUCAGCUGCUCUCAUUGGCAGGGAAAAGUCUUGCUCUGUUGGUGAGUGGAGGAGGAGAAAGAAAAGUCAGGGUUGCAAUGGCGAGUAAUGGUGUUUCAGGGCUUGAUAUGGAGAAGAAAUCCGCUGGUGGUGGAGGUGUUGAAGACAUUUACGGUGAGGAUAGUGCCACGGAGGACCAGCUUGUCACUCCCUGGACUGUUUCUGUUGCUAGCGGUUAUACCCUGUUGCGGGAUCCACACCACAACAAAGGGCUUGCCUUCACUGAGAACGAGAGAGAUGCCCAUUACUUGCGUGGACUUUUGCCCCCAGCACUCCUGAAUCAGGAUCUUCAGGAGAAGAGAUUGAUGCACAAUCUUCGCCAAUAUAAAGUUCCGUUGCAAAGGUACAUGGCUAUGAUGGAUCUUCAGGAGAGGAAUGAAAGGUUGUUUUACAAGCUUCUUAUUGAUAAUGUUGAGGAACUGCUCCCAGUUGUCUACACUCCAACAGUUGGUGAGGCUUGCCAGAAAUACGGGAGCAUUUUCAGGCGUCCUCAGGGUCUUUACAUCAGUUUGAAAGAGAAGGGAAAGAUACUGGAAGUGCUGAAAAACUGGCCUGAGAGGAGAAUUCAAGUUAUUGUCGUAACUGAUGGUGAGCGUAUUUUGGGGCUUGGGGAUCUUGGCUGCCAGGGAAUGGGAAUACCUGUGGGAAAACUUUCUUUAUAUACAGCACUAGGUGGACUACGUCCUUCAGCAUGCUUGCCUGUAACCAUAGAUGUUGGCACAAACAAUGAGCAGCUGUUGAAGGAUGAGUUCUACAUUGGACUCAAGCAAAGGAGGGCAACUGGGCAGGAAUAUGCCGAGCUUCUACAUGAGUUCAUGUGUGCAGUUAAACAGAACUAUGGGGAGAGGGUCCUUAUACAGUUUGAAGAUUUUGCAAACCACAAUGCAUUUGAGCUGCUCGCAAAAUAUAGCAAAACUCAUCUUGUUUUCAACGAUGAUAUUCAGGGUACAGCAUCUGUGGUCCUAGCAGGGCUAAUUGCUUCUCUGAAACUAGUAGGCGGGAGCUUAGCUGAGCAUACUUUCCUGUUUCUCGGUGCUGGAGAGGCUGGAACUGGCAUAGCAGAGCUCAUAGCUCUUGAGAUAUCAAAACAGACAAAAGCUCCAUUGGAAGAGACCCGUAAGAAGAUUUGGCUUGUUGACUCAAAGGGACUGAUUGUUCACUCUCGCAUGGAAUCACUUCAACACUUCAAGAAGCCUUGGGCUCAUGAGCAUGAACCUAUUAGGGCACUCUUAGAUGCAGUCAAGUCUAUCAAGCCGACAGUGUUGAUAGGAUCAUCUGGAGUAGGGAAAACAUUUACCAAGGAGGUGGUUGAGGCCAUGACAUCCUUCAACAAGAAACCUCUGAUUCUUGCACUCUCCAACCCAACCUCACAAUCUGAGUGUACUGCUGAAGAAGCUUAUACAUGGAGCAAGGGUCAUGCAAUUUUUGCUAGUGGAAGCCCAUUCGACCCAGUUGAAUACAAUGGCAAACUUUUUGUGCCUGGCCAGGCAAACAAUGCUUACAUAUUUCCUGGAUUUGGUUUGGGUUUGAUCAUGUCCGGUGCAAUUCGCGUGCAUGACGACAUGCUUUUAGCUGCUUCGGAAGCUUUAGCUGCACAGGUGACACAGGAAAACUAUGAUAAGGGACUGAUUUACCCACCAUUCUGUAAUAUCAGAAAGAUAUCAGCUCACAUUGCUGCUAAUGUAGCUGCUAAAGCUUAUCAACUUGGUCUUGCUAGUCGUCUCCCUCGACCUGAGCAUCUUGUCAAGUAUGCAGAGAGCUGCAUGUACAGCCCUGUCUAUCGCAGCUAUCGCUGAAAUUGGGUCAUAGUCUUCAACAAUCCUGAAGUUUUCAUUUUAAGCUACCAAUCAAUUUUUUAUCCUAUGUAUCACUUUUUAUUUGAUUGUUACAAAUUGUUUAAAUUUACUUUAGUACUCCAAGUUCUAGCAUGCGUUAGGAGCCUGGUUCUGUACGAGGAUGCUUGGAGGUUUUUGGCUUGAAAAAAUAUUGUCAUUUGAAAUAUGAAUCUUAAUAUACAGAUUUCCUUUCACUUUUCCAA